GGGGAGCAGGUAGGCGGGGGAUGGGGACGGGGGACACCAGGCCCGUAGGCGGGGGGACGCCGUGUCCCCAUCCUGGUCCAGCUCCGUCGGUGAGCGAUGAAGAUGUGGAGGCGGUGGGGAGCAGGUGGCCCGUGGCCCAAAGGGCCACCCCUCAGGGCUACGUGGAGCUGCACGAGCUGGUGCAGGACAGCAGGAAGGAGCGAUUCUGGAUGGAGGCCGGGUGCUGGCUGGAGGUGGAAGAGAGAUUGGGGCCGAAGGGGACCUGGAGCCGCCACCACCCCCUGCUCACCUACUACAGCCUGCAGGAGCUGCGCCGCGCCUUCGACAGAGGCGUCGUGCUGCUCGACGUGGCGGCCACCAACCUGCAGGCCGUGGUCGCGGUGCUGCUGGAACAGCUCAUCUACAAGGGGCAGCUGAAUCCGCAGUACCGGGACGACGUGCAGCGGGCACUGCUGCUGCAGCACAAGCACCCCAACCAGACCGAGUCGGUGUGGACGCUGCAGGCGGCGCAGCUGUCGGACUCGGACGUGGGGCAGAAGGAUGCGGAGCGCAAAGCGAUGCUGCGGGAGCACGAGGCCAUGGAGAUGCAGGAGCUGCACGAGGCCGAGCAGGCGAGCCCACCCUGCGUACCCACCCCCCCCUGCACCCCCUCCAUCCUGCAGGAGUUCCACGACGACGCCUACCAGUGCAGGAACCGCACGGCUCUGCUGGGGGGGCUGGAUGAGUUCCUGGGGGCCAGCAUCGUGCUCCCCCCCAGUGAGAAGCCCAGCGAGCACCAGCUGCGCACCCUGAUCCCGCUGCAGCGCGAGCUGCUCCUCCACCGCCGCCAGCACCGUGACACCGUGCGCAGGCACAGCGUCCUCAAAGACACAGGGAGCAAGGGCAAGGAGCCGGAGGACGACGACCCGCUGCGCCGCACGGGGCAGCCCUUCGGGGGGCUGAUGCGGGACAUCCGUCGCCGUUACCCCAAAUACUGCAGCGACAUCAUGGACGCGUGCAGCCCGCAGUGCCUGGCCGCCGUCAUCUUCAUCUACUUCGCCGCGCUGUCACCCGCUGUCACCUUCGGAGGCUUGCUGGGUGAGAAGACGGGCGGGCUGAUGGGGGUCUCGGAGCUGCUCAUCUCCACCUGCGUGCAGUGCGUGAUCUUCAGCCUGCUCAGCGCGCAGCCCCUGCUCGUCGUCGGCUUCUCGGGGCCGCUGCUCGUCUUCGAGGAGGCCUUCUACAUGUUCUGCAAGGGACAGGAGCUGGAGUACCUCGUGGGACGGGUGUGGAUCGGCAUCUGGCUGAUCAUGCUGGUGCUGGUGGUGGUGGCCUUCGAGGGCAGCGUCCUGGUGCGCUACCUGUCCCGCUACACGCAGGAGAUCUUCUCCUUCCUCAUCUCCCUCAUCUUCAUCUAUGAGACCUUUGCCAAGCUCGUCUCGGUGAGGGGCGGGGGGCUGUGUGCCAUGUGUGUGUGGGGGAGUGCUGCAGGGCAGGAGCCCCUCUGGGGUCCCAUAGAGCCAGAGCAAGCAGUGGGGUGCAGUGGGAUGGAGCUGUGGGGUGCAGUGGGGAUGGAGCUGUGGGGUGCAGUGGGGUGGAGCUAUGGGGUACAGCAGGGAUGGAGCUAUGGGAUACAGUAGGGAUGGAGCUGUGGG